AUAUAUAUCAAUCCGCAUCCGAUAUCGUGACUGCGACGACAUCUCAACGUCCUCCAGUUUAUUGUGUUCAUCAUGGCUUCGACGGAGUCCCUGGUGUGCGACAUUCUCGAUUUGAGCGGUCAGAGCCUGAAGAAGCUCAGCCGGUGCCCAUCAGACGCCGAUAUCAGCACGCUGAUCAUCGACGACAAUGAUCUGCAGCGACUUGAUAAUCUGGAUUCUUAUCACAGGAUCACCAAGCUUUCGAUAGUCAGAAACCAGUUGUUGCGGAUGUACGGCAUAUCGAAGUUACAUAAUCUUGUUACUCUCAAUUUGGCGAACAAUGGCAUUCUCACAAUAGAGGGAAUCAAGGACAUGAUCAAUCUGCAGACUCUUUGUUUGGCUGGCAACAAUAUCAAGUCCAUUGAACAUCUACACACUAAUACCAAGUUGGGGCAUCUGGAUUUGUCUGAAAACAGUAUCAGCCACAUCUCAGAUAUAUCUUACCUGCGAAAUUUGAAGGAACUUUUCCUGCAUAACAAUCGCAUAAUAACGUUGCGCCAAUGCGAACGCUAUUUACCUACGUCUUUAGAGACAUUCACGUUGGCAAAUAACAAUAUUACUGACUUGAACGAAAUGUCGCAUCUGGGUAAUCUGAAAAAUCUGGUGAACUUCUCGAUCGCUAACAAUCCGUGUGUCAGUAUGACAGGUAACAGUAUUGGGUUUGACUAUCGGCCUUUUGUUAUUAAUUGGUGUAUGAGCUUAAAAUCGAUCGACGGUUAUGCAGUCGACCCUAUUGAAAGCUUGAAAGCGGAGUGGCUGUAUUCUCAGGGACGCGGUAGACAAUUCCGCGUUGGCGAACAUGCCUUACUCGCUCAGUAUCUAGCAUCCGUCUGUCCGCUCUCGGGCGAGUCCCUAGAGAACGAGACGGACAGGAAGCUAAGACUCAUACUGAGCAAAGCUCAGCAUCAUCAGCAGCAGUUGAACCAGCAGAGUGAUGCCGGGAGUGUGCACAGCUUGAGUAGCGUGACGAUGAGUCCCUCGCCAGCCGCUAGACGUAGACUUAGCCAUAACAGGACUAAUUCUCCCAGACGACCCACUUCCGCGAGGAAUUCGUUGAAAAUGAAAUCGCCCGACCGGAUGGUAUCCAGCUGUCAUACCGAUGCCAUGGUCUCCUCGUGUCACGGCUUGUUGAGCGGUGAACACGAAUCAAACCUGAUGAUGACUCAAAGUUUAGAUCCCAAUAUGCUCACCGGUACACUGAGCAACAAAACGGCAAACAAUAAUCUACAAGAUAUGGAGGCAUCGAGUCCUUUGCAAGCGGCUACGAAACUGGUACCGGUACCGGAGUCCUUGAUGAGCCCAGACUUUCGUCCGCCGUCUGGCCUUUCACGAAUUUUACUGAAGACGCCCACGUCGAGCAAACUGAACUCGCCGUGUCAAGUAACGAUACCUAGCAAGCCGUCGAUGGAUGGCGACCGCGACGGGAAGGCAAUCCCGAUUAUUAACACGGUGAAUCCGAUGGCGAAGACGAAUCUGAGCGCUGUAAAGGCGAACGCGCUCGUCAAGAGCAACUCUGCGACGAAUUGUAGCGUGAAGCCGAACAUAGCCAAGCCGAUCGUGACGCAUGCCAACAGCAAGUACCCGCACAGCGUGAAGAUCAACAAUUACGUUCAGAGCAAAACGUUACCAGCGAAGAGGAGCACGAAGAGUCCGAAUCUCGCCAGAAGCAUACAGCGGCCGAAGAGCGCGAACGAGAGACUGAAGAGCACCUUGAACAAGGUGGAUAAGAAUGGUGACGCUGGCACACAGAGCAGCGACGAGGACAGCGAAGUGUGCCAGGCGAAAUUGGACAGUAUCCGGCACAGGGCCAUUCAAAGAAGACAAGAGGACAGCAACAAAGAUCAAGAUCAAGUGGAAAAGGCCGCUAUCUGCAUUCAGAGAAUCUGGCGAGGCUACCACACAAGGAACCUCAAUAGUAAAGCCACUAGUAUAUUGAAGACGAUCGACAUGAUGAGAACGAACAAAUACAUUCAAAAACUUUCAACCGACAUGGAGGCGACGAGAACUGCCCUCGAGAGCGAGCACAAGUUGCAGCUGCUGCAAAUGCAGGCGAUCAACGCGCUGUGGAAGAAAGUCGUCAGUUUGCAACCAGGCGGCAGUCGAGAGAACAACUUCAGCGAUAAUACCGAUGGCGCUCUACAGCCGAACGCGGAUGUGGUCAGUAAUCUGGCGCAGACGUGCAAUUUGCUUCACACGCAGGUUCAGCAACUGCAGGAUUCGAUGUCGGAGAUCAAGCGUUGCAUGUCCAGCAUGAAACCGCGAUCCGUUGUCGAUAACGGCGUCGCCACUCAGACGGAGAUAUCGGCCGUGCAUACACCGGCAGGCGAGGAGAACACGUUCCCGUACGGGCGUCCCAGUAGACCGCAGAGCCUGCCGAUCCAUCAAACGAUACACGAGGGUAACGAGAACAAAAGUUUCGCGUCCAACUUGGUCGACAGCGUACUGAAGAAAGUGUCGCAGUCCACCGACACAACGGACGACGAGGUCAACACGGACAUUCUGAAUUCGAACGAAAAUCCAGAGGCGCCGAUCCCUAACGAGAAUCCGGAGAUGUUCAAGAGCUGCGAGGAAAUAAUAGAGUCAGACCUGAAGCAGGCGGUCGAAAACGAGGCGACGAACAACUACGAAGAUAUGAUCGAGAACGCGGCGAUGGACGGCGAGGUGUGCGAGGAAACGUUGUGCAAAGAGCUGCACAGCUUGAUCGAGACGGAAAACGGUGCGGGCGAUUACGAGACGCGCGAGAAGGAUAAUGCGAUCGACGGAGACGACAAGGAGACCUGUUAGACUUGGACCAUGUGCCGAAUUUUCGUGCUACAUGCCUUGUGAGUAACAUGAUCAUGAUUGAGAUAGUACGUUAAGCUAAUAAUGCGCAGCAAAGCGAAGCGAGUGACGGAUGUCAAAAACUGCUCACUGUAAAUAACGUCAAAAAAGUAAUUCUAAUGGUAAAUUGAUAUUGUGAAACAGAAUUGAAUUCUAAUCGCGAAUCCACUUCGUUAACAUAAGGAAUAGUUCGAUCGCGAACAAUAAUGCUGCCAUUUCGUCCGACUAAGAUAUCGGCGUUGCUCGAACGUGAGAGAUCGACAGGAACAAUGCUCAGCGUGAGCGGCAAAAUUACAGGAAAAGUUUCAGCGAUAACUAUGAAGUGACUAAGUCAGUUUUCUGUAACUUUUAUUAUAUGAUUCGCAUUGUAACCGUUUUGAGAAAUUUCAGAGACUUUCCGUCCAUACAUCUGGCUAAAUGGCAAUAAUAUCCAUGCACUCAUGUAAACCGUAUGUAGCACGUAUUACCGACCUGACCAGUAGAGAGUAACUUCUGAAAACAUUCCACUGAUUUUCUCUUCACCGAGAUGAUUCCAUGCUACUCCGCGCAUUGUACGACACCUUGGAGAAUGUUAGCUUACAUCAUUCUCAAAUUGAAGUAUCCAUGCAAAGUAUAUAUUUAUUAUGCGUACAAACUGCAUCUAAUUCGUUUCUCGAGUUCUUUCGCACAGCGAUUUUGUAUUCAAUUAUUUAUUUAUUUAUUCGUCAGCGUGUAUAUGCAGAAAAGUAUUAUUUUUCGCGGACAGUACAUCGUUGCGCUCGUGGCCACAAAUCGCGAUUCACAAUACUCGCCCUUGCUCUUGUAAACUGAUUUGCACGCGCGCGCGAGCGCAACAAUGUACAUAAAGAUAAUAAGACAUUAGGAAAGAAUAGCGCGAUUGAAAUACGAUUGAAUCUAGUCAAUAUAGUAGCUUUUACAUUUAGGUACACUGUAGAUAUUUACUCAAAAAUUGUUAUACAGAUAAUAUUCAACGUUAUGAAAUGAACAUUGCGAGAGAGAAAUCUUCAUCGGAAAUAUACGCUAUUGCAUCGUUAAAAGGCACAAUUUAAGUUAGGAAAAAUAUGUAACUGAUUUCCAUCUAAUUAUUGAUUCCGCCAUUACGACGUUAUUAUUAUGUGCGAUAAAUAAUUGUUAAUUAACAAUUUCCAACAAGUUUUUUUUUGCAAACAUUUCGCGGGCAUGCAAGCCUAACACUGUGUUGACACUGUAUAUUGACUGCAGCAUAUUUUUCUAUGUACGAGUGCAUUUUUUUGUUUUAAUAUCUUUCUUUUAAAUAAAGUUCUUUGAAAUAAAAUUCAAACUAUUUGUGAAUUUUGAGAUGAAUGUUCAAUACGCGUUUAACUUUGCAAGAAAGAGAGGCACAUGUAGCAGUGUUUGCUUCGAUAGAAGAAUAUGCUUAGCUUAACUUUAUAUUCUUGUGAUUUUUCAUGGGAAACAUACGUGACUGUGGUAAUAAACUGAAAUGAUUUCCUAAUAAUAACACAAGAUCGGAUGGAUCUCGUAAAACGAGACUGUAGAAA